CAGACACUGGUGCAGCUUUUAAAGUAAACUGAAUAUCUUUGUGCUGUGGACAAAACAAGACAUUUGAGGACGUAAUCUUGGACUUUGGGAACACUGAUCCAGAUGAGAGCUAUAGUCCUUUUUCAGCAUGUUGUGAUUCAAUGUGAUUGUUUCACUCUGAAGAAUGGACAUUGACAACACUUCACAGAACAACAGCAAUGUUUACUGCAAUAGCAUCAUCGUCCCCAUUAUCAUGAUGUAGCUAAAUUCAUAUAUGGGGUGGAAUGCAUGAUCAUUGGUAUCGGCCUUCUUUUGACUCUCGUGGCCAUCCCUGCUCUUUAUUCUCUGGUGCAAAAUGAACAUGUUGCUUCGAUCUACGUCAUCAACCUUCUCAUUUCCGACCUCCUUCAGUUCUGCUGCAUGAUCGCUGACGUGGCACAACCUGCGAGCCUGAAAAUCUUCUACUACAUUUACCUCUAUAGUCUGGCAGCUAGUGUUUGCUUCAUGGUGGGCAUCGCUCUGGAAAGGUAUUUGGUCAUCGUCUUCCCAGUGUGGUACCGCUGCAGACGAACCAUCAAGACCUCUGUGGUGAUCUGUGUCAUGGCCUGGGCCCUGUCUGCUUUCCAUCCUAUCGCUCAAUGUUUCAGUUUUAAUAAUAUUAUGAAAACUAUUGACAUUGUCUUUUUGCUCCUUCCCCUCCCACCGCUCAUAUUCUUCCUGGUUGGGACCCUCAAAGCCCUGUCUACUUCCAUCUCGGUCCCAGCUGACGAAAAACGACGAAUUGUAGGAACUUUGGUCCUGGUGCUGCUAAUUUACACACUGCUGUUCCUGCCCAACACCAUUUUGGCAGUGCUUAACAGGUUAAACGUAUACACCUCACAUAUUCUUGUGUACCUGUCUCUUGUAUUUGUUAGGUUGAGUCCUCUUGCAGACUUAGUUCUGUAUAUUUUCAUGAAGAAAGGGGCCGUAGACAAGCUUUUGGCCUCUGUGUGUUGUUGCAGAAUGGAAAGCAUUGAUGUCAUCAGUAUACCAGUAUGAAUCAUGACGACAUGUCCACAGUCAGCUUCAUGUAGGCUGAGAAAGGAGAGAAAGAGGAGAAAACACAAGGAGAAAUAUAGAAAAAUAGACAGAUUUUCUCACCUACUGAUUUUAUUUUGCAUGUUUUUAUCUGCAUGUUUUGAAUUUGGUUGUGCUUAUCAUUUUUAUCCUUUAUCCUUUUAUCACAGAAGCAGAGCAGAUAUAUUUUGAUUCACUGAGAUCAUUGAAGCCGCCAGGCCGUCUUAUUCCUAAACCUUUAAUUUGUAUGUUUUAAACAGAAAGAGCAUCUUAACAAGUUUCAGGCUGUUCUAAUGAACUAUUUGUACAUAUAGCUACCAAUACUUAUUUGUAUGUAUUCCACGUAUUUAUUACUGUAUGAACCACAUUGACUGCUUCUGUAGAAGACCGCGGAAAUCCAUGUCGGGGUUGAAAAGUGGUUCCUAAAACACAGGGCUUUCAAGCAUGGGGGGCGGAGUUCAUGUCCCGGAACAAAUUAAAGGGAAAACACAAGACUUUCGCCCAGGAAACAGGUGUUCGUGUCCUGGAAGUAAUACUUAAGGGCGGGGCGAUGUUUUAUUUCAAUCAGGAGAGACUUCAUUGCAGAUAUGUAAUGAUUUAUUGUACGUGUGCGUGAAAUGUACAGUAUAGUCUUUGGAGAUUAGACUCCACCAUCAUUUAAAAAUUCUGAGAAACUUUUAAAAGGGGUAGAAGCCGAAGUAUGAACCCCACGAUGGAGUCUAGACACUGAUGGUGGCGUGAGGAGCCGGAAGACCAAAGCCGAAGGCCGCCGGGAGAGGCCUGCCGGAAGAGGGCCCAGGAACCGUG